AUAUUGGUAGUAGCGUUCAGCGUAUUGCGCAUGAAGCGGUCGGUGUCUCGCCUGAACUUUCUCGGCCUCGUCUUGGUACUCGUCGGCGCGGUGAGGUACACCAUCGUCAGCAGAAGCGAGCGACGAAGCCGCGAAAAACGCGGCGCAACCUCCGCCGAUUCGGUGGGUAACAAGGCGUCUGUUUUGCCUACGACUGUGCCCAGCAUCGGUCCUAGCGACGCUAGGGUGGUGGUGAACGGUAAGAGAGCUGGGGCGAAAAGGGGUGACGGUGACAUCAGGAGGGGUGGAGGCUGGGCGAUUUCGAGGGCGAUGGCGUGGGGAAGCGGCUGGUGGGGCGGCGAGAAGGGUGACGCUUCGCGCCGCGACAGAUAGCGGGGUGGCAGCCGCGGGACACCGGGGACAAGAGAGAGAGAGAGACAGAGAGACAGAGAGAGAGGAGAGGCCGUUCUCACGAACACAAAUGGCCUACGGUACAUGAUGAGGGAGUCACCGCGAUCCUGGCUCUAGGGUUAGCCGUGAUAGACAAAUGGCACCGUAGGGCGCUAGUAGUAGAAGGGUCCCUCGACAACGGCGGGGGUCCCUCCACUCUCUCGCAGUAGCAAGGACACCUGUAAGUCGAUGUGUCAUGGUGGAGGGAAAACGAGGACGGUGCCGAUGUGCCCCUAGAAAGCUCGUCGCGGUUCUUGGUCGAACUAGUAUUGUGGGUGGUGGGGCAUGCAGUUAUUGUCGGGUGAUGUUGGUGUGCCCUCGCUGACAAAAGUGCGGCCUACAGUUGUUGUUGUUGUUGUUGGUGUGCCCUUGUAAACAGCAGAGCUUGUGUUAAGUAGGCUGAGCAUGUUUUGGCAGCAGCGCGAUACGUGCCCUACGAGGGGGGGCGUUUUUUUUUUUUUUCGGUGCUUGCGGAUUCCGAGCGAGAGCGUUUUUUUCAGUUUGUGUCGCAACGGUUGGUUGUCAUGUGCAUAUGGUCGUAUCCCAUCCCAUUGCCAAGAGAGGAAUGAGAGAUGAAGGAGACAGGCAUCCACCAGCCAAACGUAUCUAAGCACUCAUGGAACUUGGUGAGGGCAUGACUCUCUAUGGAAUCCACGGUGCCCCCUAGUUUUCCCUGAUCCGUUGUAUCAAUACCUCCACCCCCUUGUAUUGUUUUUGUUCGAACUGGUUUCCUAGGACGACUUUGCGCUUCUUAAUUCAUGCAUUGGCGGUUCCUCCGCACCGGAAUGUUGUUACGGUUCGUUACGGCGUCCAUCCGUUUUAAUGAAUGGUGUAUGGGAUUGUGUCUGUGGUGUGCGCGUGUAAGUUGGAAUUUAAAGAGUGGAGCUGCGUGAAAUAGACAUGACAAUAGCUUAAGAAUGUAUUUCACCGCCUGGUAGGCAGGAUUAGCGCGAGAAUAGCACUCAAUGAGUAAAUAAGGAACUCAAGUUAUUCAAUAAGGAGUGUUUAAGGUGUGUUUGGUAUCCAGGCGUCGAUCGAUACCUCGAUGCAAAUCCUGAUGGUUUACUUCUCCGGGUAGGUAUGAUGCGAGCAAAACCAAGAAAGCGUCGGAAGAAGCAUGGACGAGGAAAGUCCACGAGUGGCUUUGUGCGUGAGUGUUGAAUUGAUUCAUCCGGGUCACCCUCGAAAGUGCUGUUACUGUAGUCGUUGUUAUUCCCUGGUCAGCAGCGCUCUAUUAGGAAGCGCUACACAAGCCCCCUUACCGACACUCCGUCGUCCUGUAGCGUCUCAAUAUCGAU